CCGCGUUUUCCGUAGCAGCGUCCCUGCCUGAUAGCCUAUGAAGAGUAACUAGCUAGCAAGAAGUUUGUUUGGUUUGCAUGCUACCGUGACUUCACUCGGUCGCUAGUCCCAUGAUGAGUCGAGCAAGGCACAAAGACGUUGAUCCAGAGCUUCAGCCUGUGAUCGCUGUUAUUGGAAGCAAGUCGGAACAAACCGUUAAUGAUGUUCUUCUGAAGUUAAAAGAUGUUCUAGGCAGAAAAUCCGUAGAAGACGACAGAGUUUUGGAAAAGCUUAAACAAGAUAUGCAUACUCAUGGCAUACUUGAGUAUUGCUCAGCAGCACUGAACUACGACUAUGACAACAUUCAGGGAGGCUAUUCAACUGCGGUGCAAAUGGCAGAAAUUGUAAGUUCAUGCUGUGUGGGUUUCCAACCUGUAAGGAACAAAGAGAUAUUUCAGACCAAGGUCCUUCCUUCAGCCGCUGACAACUUGAUCUCUCUGGCAAAGCGCCUAGCAGACAGAGCUCUUAAGGAAAAAAGACAAGCUGGGACUAUUCGUCAGUUCCAGAAAGUAAUGGAUGUCAUUUGUUGGCUUUUGAAGGGACACAAUCAAUUAAUUCUGCAAGUUCUUCAUUCAAAACAUUUUGAAGAGAUUCAGCUUUUAGAGUCUGAGGAUAUUGGGGUGAUAUCAUUACUUCUGUUGCAAAAUCUUAUUCAGACAAACAGUGACUUUUUAAUGGACAUCAGACAUGGAGCUCUGAGUGGCAUUUUGGAUGACAUUGUGUACAAACUGGGCUGCAGCUCAAACCCAGCCACUGGCAGCGCAGCAACAAAGACGCUCCUCUUAAUCGCAAGCAAAAACAGGUCCAUUGCAGAGGUCAUCCCAAACCAAUACGAAGGUCUGGAUGCCCUGUUGAAGAAUGACUGGAUUGGGAAAGGGUUUGAUUCAGAGGUGAAGCAGCUCCUUGAUGUGUUGUACCCAGGGGUUACCAAGCGGAAACAAACUCAGCUCUAUAAGCACUCAUCAGAGGAGAGAGUCAAGGCUGCAUGUGUGAUCCAAGCAGCUUGGAGAUCCUUCCAGACCAGGAGAAGAUUAAAGAAACUCUCGAAAGCUGUCAGCACGCUUCAGAGAAGCUUCAGGGAGCGGAGGCGGCAGCAGGAGGAGCAGUCCCAGAGGAGGAGGGCAGAGGAGGAGCUGAGGCACCAGGUGCUGCUGCGCAGGCAGAGGGCGCUCCGCGAGUUUCGGCAGCGCCAGCUCCAGCUGCUGGAGAUCGUGCCUGCUGAUCAAGUGGACAGGUACCUGAGUGACCUGGAGCUGAAGGCCGCAGUGGUGAUCCAGAAGGUCUGGAGAGGCCACAGAGAGAGGCGGAACUUCCUGCAGCAGAAACAGGAACUCAGGCAGUUCAAAGCAGCAGUGACCAUACAAAGAGCGGCUCUGCGGUUUUUGAAACGUCGGAGGGCUGCGAGACAAACGCUGUCUCCUUGGAAAGGACCCAAAGGCCUGACAGAUGCCAGGAGAACAGAACUCAAGAAGCAAGUGGAUGAUUAUAUUGCACUCCAUUCUCGCCCCUCAGUGUCACUGGAGACCUGCAGGGAGCUCCAUCUGAGGACCCAAGAGAUGCUGCGACAGCACCUGAUGAGCAGAGAUGCAGACAGGAGGGCGGAGCAGCACAGGCAGGCCCUCCUGGCUCAGAUCAACACUGAUGUGGAGCUACUGAUGAAUGCUCCUUCCCUGAGUGGCGCCACAGAGACAGAGUCCAGUGUGUUCCUGAGCAGGUCGGCCCCCGUGGCCGCACGGGCCAGGCAAUCCCACAACACCCUGCUUCAGGCCGCUCGGUAUCCCUGGUGGAAGAAGCUGGGAGAUGAGUUCUUGGAUCCGGAAUCCAUACCCAAAGACAGCCUAGACUUGGAGCUUGAGACGUUAUAUUUGGGUGGAAGUUGAUAAUUCUGUCACAUACAGUAUGACCUUUUUGUUUUGUUUUUUUUCUUUUGCUCACCUUUGCUUACAGGAAUUUAUUGUAGUUCAAACAGGUGGAGUUUGGAGUGUGUUUUGUUGAAUAUUGGUAAUAAUUCCACUGUUUUAACACCAAUAUGUACAAUUAGGACUAACGAGAGUCAUUCCCAUGGAAUGACAUCACUGUCAGAUCCAUGUGGACCCGCAUAAUAGAAACCAGACACCUACAAAAAUCUUUUUUUUUUAGCCGUUUGUGUACAAGUUGUGUUCUGUAAAUAUU